ACAAUGGUCAUAAUAGUUUAGUAGCAUACCUGACAAUGACAUCGAGUUGUUCUUCAACUGUUAGAAGAUCCUUCGAUGUCUUCUAUAAUUCUUGAUUCCGCUCUCAACAAUUACACGUACCCAUCUGAAACCUAACUCCAAACUCUCUCUGUCUUUUCUGCAAGUGAAAUGAACGUGUAGUUUGGUCCUGAAUUGAGAAUCUAUCAUCAUCAUCUUCUCCGUCAGUUUUUUCUUAGGUUGCUGCUUUCUUUUUACACCACAGAAUGGCCAGUGCUGCGUUUCACCAAGCAACAGGGACUCUUCAACAUCACCCUAACUCUGGCUUUAGUCAGGAGUUUGGGAGUGUUCCUGUGAAAUCAAUUUUGCAGUGUUCUAAGGUGGAUUUUGGAUUAUCAGUGUCAAGAAAAUUGGGACAUUGCUCUGCUAGGAGAAGCUUCUCUGUCGUUCAAGCCUCAGCUUCUAAUACAUCUCUGGUUGAUCCUGUUUCAACCUCUUCCAGUGGCACCACAACUGAAAUUAAAAAGAAAUCAAGUGAGGCAGCUCUAAUUCUGAUUAGACAUGGUGAGUCAUUGUGGAAUGAGAAGAACCUGUUCACAGGUUGUGUUGAUGUCCCACUUACAAAGAAAGGCGUGGAAGAGGCGAUUGAAGCUGGCAAGAGAAUUAGUAAUAUUCCCAUCGACAUGAUAUAUACAUCAGCAUUGAUUCGUGCUCAGAUGACUGCCAUGCUCGCCAUGACUCAGCAUCGUCGUAGAAAGGUGCCAAUCAUUAUGCACAAUGAGAGCCAACAGGCAAAUGCAUGGAGUCAAAUCUUUAGUGAAGAAACAUUAAAGCAGUCCAUUCCAGUUAUAACUGGUUGGCAACUAAAUGAAAGAAUGUACGGGGAGUUGCAGGGCUUGAAUAAGCAGGAAACGGCAGAUAGAUUUGGGAAGGAAAAAGUUCAUGAGUGGAGGAGAAGUUAUGACAUACCCCCGCCUAACGGUGAGAGUCUGGAAAUGUGUGCUGAAAGAGCGGUAGCUUAUUUUAAAGAUCAGAUUGAACCGCAGCUUCUUUCUGGGAAAAAUGUAAUGAUAGCGGCCCAUGGGAAUUCGUUGAGAUCUAUCAUUAUGUAUCUCGACAAGUUAACAUCCCAAGAGGUCAUAAGCUUAGAACUAUCAACUGGAAUACCUAUGCUUUAUAUAUUCAAAGAGGGGAGGUUUAUUAGGAGGGGAAGCCCAGCAGCACCAACCGAGGCUGGGGUCUAUGCAUAUACUAGGAGAUUAGCUCAAUACAGGCAGAAAUUAGAUGAAAUGUUGCAUUAGUAUGUUAUAUGUCCAAGAAUUGGCAAGCUUAUUUGCUGGUUAGUCAUCUACAGCAUCAACCCGGGGGUCACUGUAGUUCUGUUUUUCUUCGAAAGUCUUAUGUAAAUUCAAAUAUUUCAUUAGGAAUGCGUAUCAUGCAUAAUCCUUGAUCCUGUUGAUGUUAAAUAUAAAAGCAAGAGACUGGAAAAAGGAUUUCAUGUUACCUACCACUAGAAGCAAUUAUAUUUUUGUAUCUUGUUUUUAUGGAUGAAUCGAGUCUAGUUGUUUUGCGACCUGGUCCAUAGUCCUUUGACUUUGAGGGGAUAUAUAUUUCUGAGAGUUAGUGAUGUUCAUUUAUGUAACAAAUGGACAAAUAAAUAAAUAAAUAAAUAUUUGAUUUAA